AUGGCUGCUGAUACUUCACUCGUAGAGAAGCUCGAUGCUUUGGUGGCCAAUAUCCUAGCCGACUGGAAUGUCUACACUACCCUUGUUGCCGGGGUUGUCCUCGCUUUUGGGGUUUACUCUGUCAUCUCGUCCAAGGAUCCAGAUGUACACCCGUUCCUACUUGCUCGCCAAUCAACAGCAGCCCCAAUCCGCCAGGAGGGGGAAUCUGCUACUUACAGAUGCCUAGAAACCCCACACGGCUUGCCUCUCCGCUUUGGACUGAAUGUCAAGGACCCGGGCGCCCCAAAAUGGACCGGUGGCCGAAGAGGUGAUCUGCGUGAUAUUUGGAAGACCGCUGUGCGUGGAGCUCUAAAUGAGGACGGCACCCUUUCGGGAAAACAAGGCAAGAUAUACACUGUUCUAGGACGAAACGCUAUAGAGCACUCGUUAGACCAGGUGACACAGGAAAUCAAUGUUAUCGGUCAUCAUCUCCAAAACUCCGGCGUCAAGACGGUGGCUGUUUGCCUUACAGACUCCAUCGAGCUUUUAGCAACAAUUUUCGCUGGUGCUUUCUAUGGAUUCAAGACGGUCAUUGUUCCACACAACCUUCCAACAGAGACAUUAUCAGCGCAUCUACAACAGGCAAAAGCCGAUGUUCUGAUUGCCGAAGCCGGAUCUCUCGACGUUUCGCUUGUAACAAAGUGUAACAAGCAAUUAUCGCUUGUUCUUUGGGUCGCCAAGUAUGGCAAUCGACACAUGGAUUGGAACGCACUUCCCGAUAACGCCAAGGACAGUCUGACGGUUGCAGUUUGGCAUGAAUUGGUCGAGGAGUUUAAGGAACUUGCCAGCUAUGAUGUCCCUGAGUACGAUCCAAAGACAGAAACCCCUGCCAAUUUGGUGUCUGCAAUUGGAGCCAUAACCUCCACUCUCCCUCGUACCCAGCGUUUCAACACAACCGAUAUUGUUCUUUCUAUCGACUCCCUUUCUCGGUCCUACCCGCUCUGCACAACGUUGGCUGCACUGUUUGCCAACUCAUCCAUUGCCCUGAACUCUGUCGCUGGAGAGACUGUCGAUUUUGCUUUGGCUACGGCUGGCGUGUCUCCCACUGUCAUUGUUGCUUCGUCGCAAACCAUGGCUGAGUACCACGAGAAUAUCAUGCGCCCGCACACUGGUAUCCUUUCCUCUUUAGGACGCUGGCUUCAGGCAAGGACCCUAGAUGCAGGAAACAUGCCGACGCGUAACUUUUUCAGCCAACUCGCUCGUAUCAGUCCCACUUCCGAGCUCUCGCUAGAUGAAUUGCGCUUGCUCUGCAUCUCCCAUCGCAUUGAUGGUAACCCUGCCGCCCAUCUUACCUCCGAACAAUUGACCGAGCUUAGAAUCUUCACUGGGGCUCGGGUUGUGUAUGCAUUGACCGGUCCCGGUGUUGCUGGUGCGAUUGCCCAAACAAAUGCGUUUGAUUACAGAUGCCUCACCGGUCUUAGCCACUUUGGCGCACCUCUGAGUAGCACUGAAAUUACUCUGACAGAUGUCCCCGAAGACUCUCCCGACGGCCUGGAAGAGGGGAAGCUCACCGUCUCUGGCCCUGCUGUCGUCGGCGGCACCACCGCUCUUUCCGGCCGAGCCCGCAUCAGCAAGGAAAAUACCUUGGAACUGGCUUCCUGA